AUGAGUACUUACAAAACUGAAGGAACUGAUAACACCCACAACCGACAGUCUAAAACAAUAAAUGUAUUGAGGUUCAUACUGGGAGCGAUUAUAUUAUCUUGUAUUAUAAUUUUCACGUCAGAUCGUUGGAGCUUAAGACCAUUCCUUGAUCAAAAUAAGAAUUUAUGCAGUGGACAGGUAUUAACUUCAGAUUUCACAAACACUGUUGCAAUUGAAGGAUUCAGUCUCUUAAAUUCCGAGAUAGCGUGGGAGACAAUCGAGAAAAGAGAUGUCACUGAUUCAGAUACUCAUUCCACCUUUCUGGAUUUAACUCAUACAGAUGGUGAUGAUGAGAAUCCACUCCAAGUUACAUCGACAUUACCAUCGACAGAAUCAACUCCAACCCCGAGUACUUCCUUUACUCCAUCUAUUCCUAAUAAUGAUGCAACGGUUGACCAAGCAUCACCUUCAAGUCCAAUAGUUGAUCAAGUCUCAUCCUCGAGUCCAGUGGAUACAUCUGCUCAAACUUCAAGUUCAUUACCUCCUCCUUCGGCUGCUAUAGAGGAGACAUCAAAACCAACGACAACUUCAACAACACCUUUGGCUGAUACCGAAACUGAAGUACCAGUAACAAAUACUUUGACUUCCAGUCAAGGUAAUGAUGGACCCCAAACUUAUAUUGUUACUAGUACAAGUAUUUCUACGAUAACAAGUGCACCAACUUCAGGAGCUGGAGAAGGAGGCAGUAACAAUGGUAGUGGUGGUGGAGGAGGUUUGUCGAGAAAUAAUAAGAUUAUUAUUGGUGUAGUUGUAGGAGUUGGAUCAGCCGUAUUGAUUGGAAUAGGAUCAUUAUUGUGGUAUUAUUAUUCUAAGAAAAAGAAGAAUGGAUACGGUAGUGGAUGGAAGUAUGGAAGUAAUGAAAAAUAUAAUGAUAUAUUGAAUACCGAUUUAGGAGUUAGAGACAGAGUCAAUCAAGGUGCAAAUUUUUAA